GGGAAGCUGCAGGGGUAAUCCAAUGCAACAGGCUAGAUCAAACUACCACUACUAAGAUGAAUACAAACAAAGACGAAAAUGAAAAUAUGAAAAUAAAACCUGACAAUGAAAAACAAUCUGAUACUGAAAAGUUACAUAUGGAGAGAAAGUUAAGCAACAAGAAAGGAAUGGAAAAUAAAUCUGACAAUGAAGAUAUACAUGACAGUAAAAAAUACCAAACUGAAACAUGUUCCAUCAAAAUUGAUUCCAAGAAAUUACUAAUCAGUAAAAAUGUGAAGUUGAAAUUAGGUGAAACCCUCCGAUCUCUCAAUCUUUCACGAGAAAAAUACAAAAUUAAAAGUAAAGAAAAGUGUCUUAGUGAUGAGGAUGACAUUGAUGAUGGUGGAAAUAUAUUUGAUAUGUCAAUGGAGGAAAUUAAUGAUGAUGAAAACAAGGAUGGAAACCUUUAUAAUAUGAAACCCGAAGAGCCUAAAUUGAAUACAAACAAAGAGAAAGAUAAAAAUAGAGAGGAGAUUGUAGUAUUCAAUGAUAAAAACAUUGUGAAGGAAGAGUGUGUUGAUGAUUGGAUUGGAUACUCUCAAGUAGAAGCUCCUAUUGUACUGGAUGAAAGUGAUGACGACGAGUCUGAUAUCCUUACCAAUCUAUCCCAAAAACCCUCAAUGUUCAUCAAUGAAGAUCGAGAUAAUUUAGAUAACAAUGAUGACAUAUUUGAAGAAAUGCAUAUCACGGCUCCUCUGAAAUCACCUGAGUAUAUCUACAUUGAUAACUCUGAUGAUAAUGUUGUUGAUACAGUGGAACAAAUAACAGAAGAAUGUGAGAAUGACCAAAAGGACUCUUGUGACAUUAAAACUGAAGCUGAUUUUAACCAGAAUGAUCUAAAUACUCAAGGUCUCCUUGAAUAUCUUGAUGCUGUUCUUCUAAGUUUAUCUCAAGAAAUAAGGCAGGCAACUGAUGGAAAAAAUGGGAGUGAAGCUGAUACCCUUCAUGAUUCAAAAAAUAUUAGUAAAAUGUCGAAAGGAAAUGCUCCUUCCAUUCAAAUUCAUGAAAGGUCUACUGGGAAAUGUAUAGACGAAAAGAUGAACAAACCCUGUGAUAAUCACAUAAACAUUGGAGGAGACUUGAAGGAUACUUCCCUUGACAAUAAUAUGCAAGAGGACUUGAAUAUUCCAUCAGAUGAUGACCUUGCUCUUAUUGCAAGUUUGAAUGAUUAUGAGGAUCACAUGAUAGAUGAUGACAAAGUUCAAAUAGUUGAGAAAUCUUUGGAAACCCAAAGGAACAAACCCAGAGAUAAAGACACCCAGCAGAAUCAGAUGUUAUGUUUAAAUGAUUCUCUAGCUGACUUCAGUGCAAGGUCAUACAUUAAGGAUUCAAAAUCUACAAAAAGAAAGGAAAAAUUUGAUGAAGGUUCUUGUAGUGAGAAGAAGCCAAAGAUUUCACAUCCAGCAAAAGAGCCUUUGAAAAAUUUGCCAUCCAAAAACCAAUUUGAUACUUCAGCAAAACAACUCCAAAUCCCCCAAAGCAGCCAUAAAUCAGAAAGUACCAAAAAGACUGUUGCUAUUUCUCCCCAGAGGAUGAAAUCAAAGCAAAAAAUCAGAUCAUUCUCAGAGUCUUUUAACAAAGAUUCUCACAAACAAAAAUCUUUCAACAACGAUACAAAAGAAUCAUGGCUUGGAAAACAUAAUGAAUCAAGACCAAGUGGAUCCUUACAAAAGUCUCGGUCGCAUGAAAAACACUCCUCUAUAAGGGAAAAAGGUUUAUCUAAGCAUAGGACUUCAAAUUCAUUGAAUAGUACUUCGCUCACACAGCCAAUACAUGAUGCAAAACAAGCAAUGAGGGAGAGACCUUACAAAGUGGAACUUGAGAAAAAAGUCCCUAAAGUGAUUCGAGCUAAUCCUGUGAAGACAAGCGCCACAUCUGUGAGCAGAUUCAAGUCUCGGAACCUCGGACUUAUGGAAAGUUUGAGUUCAACUACUGCAACUAACAAACAAGUAAUGAAACCUGAUAGUAAGCAGCCUCAUUCAAAGCCUCCAGCUACAAAGAAUCAAGAUGACCAAGGCCAAAAGGAGAGUGAAUGCGUCGUAAAGACUAAACCUGUUAAUAUUCCCUCCACAUCAGCCCCUAAGUGUACCAAGGCUAGUAAUGCAGUUCCCAAGCCAGUAGAUCCUUCUCAUCCUCAAGGCCUUAAGUCAAUGCCUCCUGGGAAUUUACCUCCUGCAAAGACCCCCUUUGACAAAAGGCACACUACCACGGAACCUCAAUCAAUGAGACCUCAAAGCUCCAUUAAUGCUUCAAAAAACAUUCACAGAACCCAUCUUGUUGGAGCCACCUCUAGAAUGCAGGAGAAACAACCAUAUCCCCCUGCUGCUCCAACUGGACAACCCGCAGCUAGGAGACCUCCUUCUGAUCCAAAUGUUCAACCCCAAGAUAAUUUUGAUGUGUUUCUCUCACAUAUGAUAGGAUGGAAUGUGGAUUGGCUAGCUGAACAAGAACGAUGCAAGAAACCACCACCAGUAGUGGAUGGGAAGAAAGUCUGGCCAUUAUUGGAUGUUUAUGAAUCCUACAGAGAUUAUUGUGAGCUGAUGAACUCGCUAUUGCUCUUGGAAACAUGGCAAAGUAUUUGGAAAGAUUGGAAGGAAGUGCAAAAUUCUAAUGUGCAAAACCUUGCUAUCUCCACAGUGAAAUGUGGUUACUCUAAAGAUAUCUUCAACUUUGAGUUACAGUCCAUAAUAUCUGGAAAAAAUAACAGAAACCAAUUGAAUGUGAGGGAGGGAGACUUGGUCAUAUUGAACUACAAGGUGGGACGCUGCAUUGAGAAAGAUGAAGAGAAGAGAUGUUUUGGUUAUGUCCGUCGUGCUCAGAAGUUAGACAGACAGGAGCAUGAAAUGCACCAUGCUCUUCUAGAAGCAGGAAAACGACCCGGGUCUGUAUUAAUGGGCUAUGUCAUCCAGACGAAGAAAAUCUCCCCUAGAGACCAUGAAACACAGCUAGUAAGAGCAGAGGAGAGGUAUAAUCCUUCUCAAGUGAAAGCAAUCCAGUGGUGUAGCCAUGCUGUACUACAACCUAAUGACAUACCCAGACUGUGCCUUCUACAAUGCCCUCCUGGGACUGGAAAGUCUUACACCAUUGUGGGCCUCAUAAAACACAUUUUGAGGACUAAACGUCCCUCUGAAAACCAACCAAUCAGGAUCCUGAUAUGUGCCCCAUCUAAUGGUGCGAUAGAUGAGCUCAUGAGACGAAUAAUUGAUGAAGUCAGAAUUGAUGAUAAUAAUAACAGUGGUGGCACAAGGAUGAAGCCUGUCACGGUGGGUAAUGUUAUCAGUGUACAUCCGGCUAUCCAACAGUAUACGCUAGAUGCUGUUACACAGAGGAACAUCAAAAAAUGUCAUGCUGCCUCUGUGCCAAGGAGUGUUCACAAAGGCAUCUCUACAUUGAAGGUGAAAAUUGCAAAUCUUAGGAAAUCUGAAGAGAAUUAUCGUAGGGCCAAGAAUACUAAACAGGCCAACAGGGUACAAUUGGAGAGAAACAAUCUGUUGAAGGAAAAGGCAGCCCUUGACGAGAAGGUUGAACAGAUACUGGUAGAACAAAUGAGGAGAUUGACACCCAAAGAGAAGAACAAGAAACGAGAUGAGAUCCUACAGGAUGCAAAUAUUGUAGCUUGUACACUAAAAUUUUCCGGCCAGAACUUGACUUCACUGAGAGGGUCACGUCUUGGGAGAAAACACUUCACUGCAGUAAUAGUAGAUGAGGCUUCUCAAACAACAGAGUUAGAUUGCUUGGUGCCUCUGAUGCAUGGAUGUUCUAAGUUGAUCCUUGUUGGUGAUCCUGAACAGUUGCCUGUCACUGUACUUUCUAAGAAAGCAAGUGAUCAUAAAUUUGGCAAGUCGUUAUUUGAGCGGUUAUAUCGACAAUUCAAUGACCCACAACUAGCUAAAGACAACCCUGUACUAAUGUUGGACACCCAAUAUAGAAUGCAUCGUGACAUCAACAGAUUUCCCUCACAACAUUUCUACAAUAGUAGACUCCACACUGACAGAAAAAUUGCUGCAAAACGUGAUGCUUUUCCAUUUCAACCAUAUUUGGUGUUUGAUAUGACAGAGGGGCAAGAGGAACAAUUACCUGAAGGAUCAACUCGAAACAGAAUGGAGGGAGCCUUUGUUGUAGAACUCUGCAGAUCUAUACUCAAGUGCAAGGCAGGAAAAGAUCUAAAAGGCUGUCAUAUAGGCAUUAUAACACCAUACAGCGGCCAGAAGACCUUUAUACAAGAGCAACUGAAUAUAAGGAAAGGAUGCGAAGAUAUUGAGGUUAAUACAGUGGAUGCUUUCCAAGGACGAGAAAAAGAAAUCAUCAUAAUGUCCUGCGUCAGAGGGAAAAGUAAUCCAGGAAUAAUUGGGUUCCUGGCAAAUAGACAACGCAUGAAUGUUGCCCUAACUCGUGCCAAAAAUGCUCUCUAUGUUGUGGGCUCUCUGGAGUCUGUCGCUGUUAGUGAAGACUGGAAGGCUUUAAUAAAGGAUGCUAAACAAAGGUCAAAGGUGGUUAGAGUUAUUGCACAAUGGGAUCAUGUGUUCAAGAAAUGUCUCAAGUAACCUUUAUUUGAAGAAUGUCGAAUGUCAAUGUACCAAUUCAUAGGCAUCGUGUGUUCAAGAAAUCUGCCACACAAAUGUUAUUCAAGGA